AUGGGCCUCACACCCGUUGAAAGGGCGGCGCAUUACGCGGCGCGCAGCCCGCACUUUGCCAAGGUUACGUCGAAGCACUUGGCCUACUUCCAAAGCGUGUUGAGCAAGCCCUGCAGCACCUCGCAACGCAAGGGAAAGAUGUUGACAGACACGGAGGCGGUCGCGCCAUUUAAUGUGGACUGGAUGGGCCAAGUUCAAGGCGCCACCCCGGCUGUGCUGAUGCCCACCUGCACCACUCACGUCAGCGAGAUCCUCAAGUACUGCCAAGCAGAGAAGCUGGCGGUGGUGCCACAGAGCGGCAAUACGGGCCUUGUCUACGGCUCUGCGCCGGUGCAUGAUGAGUUGGUGCUUAGCACACGUCUGAUGAACGCGGCGCCGGUAGUGUCCAAGAACACAAUGUCAGUGGUGGCGGAGUCUGGCGUUGUUCUUCAGCAAUGUCAGGAGGCGUGCGCUGAGGAAGGGCUGCUCUUCCCACUCAUGAUGGGCUCGAAGGGAAGCGCGAUGAUUGGCGGCAACGUUAGCACCAACGCCGGCGGCAUUCAUUUUGCGCGAUACGGCUCCAUGCACUCGAACGUACUCGGCGCUGAGUUGGUAACGGCUAAGGGAGACGUGCUGAAUAUGAUGUCGACGCUGCGCAAGGACAACGCCGGCUACGAUCUGAAGCACCUGUUUAUUGGCAGCGAAGGCACUCUGGGUGUGGUGAUCCGCACCGCCAUCAAGUUGUACCCGCAGCCCACGUCGAAGCAGUUGGCCAUGUUCCGCCUGAAGGACUUCGAGUCUGUGCUGGAGCUCUACCACCUGGCAAACAGUCACCUUGCCGAGUGCUUAUCAGCAUUCGAGGUGAUGGAUGGGGAGUCGAUAGCGACAAGCCCGGCGAAGGAUGUGCCGUACGAGCGCACGUGCAAGAAUGACGUGUUCCGCCUCGGCAAGGACUUCGCUGCAGCUUACUUCUGCGCGCUCGUGGAGACGAAUGGUGGCAACGAGGAGCAUGACUUUGACAAGCUCUCCAGAUUUGCUGAGGCGGCGCAGGCGAGGCUUGGCGACAAGCUGAGCGGCGGUGGCCAGUACGAGCCCAUUCUCUCGCAAUCUGCUGCUCAGUCGGAGCAGCUGUGGGCGCUGCGUGAGGGUGUCCCUGUACACCUGGCGAGCCACGGACUCAUCUACAAGUACGACGUGUCAUUCCCGAUCGAUAAGUUCUACAGCAUCGUCGAGCACACGCGCGAGAUUCUUUACAGGCAGUGCAAGAUGAACCCCGACGAGGUGAUCGUUGUAGGCUACGGGCAUUUUGGUGACGGCAACGUGCAUUUGAACGUGGUUGACCUGACACGCACGCACGGCGAUCAGCUUGAUGCGGCACUGUACCCGGCUGUGUACGAAUACUGCGCCGCCCACGGCGGCAGCAUCUCAGCUGAGCAUGGCGUGGGUCUGCAGAAGCGCGAUUACCUCCAUCUUUCCCGCACCAAAGAGGCGAUCCAACUCAUGGUGGACCUCAAGAGGGUGAUGGACCCGAACGGUAUCUUGAACCCGUACAAGGUGUUACCCCCUGGAGUAGGGGAAGGGGAGGAGGGGAGAUGA